AUGACUAAUGGCUGGGAUGCAAACUCUUGGGACAUCCAAAGCGACGGUGUUUUCUUCGACGAAGGGAACAAUGCGCCGGCUUGGCUUCAAUACUUCACCGAUGUGUCCGAUUACGCCAAGUCCAAGACGACUAUGGUGGUUCUUAACCCCGGUCCCAUCAUGAAUCCCAAUAGUUUUGCGUUGUAUAAUGUGGCCGAUGCUCUUCUGUCCAUUGAGACGGGCUGCAAGUCUGAUCCAGAUGCGCCUCAGGAUCGAUGCCCUCGGAACACUUAA